AUAUUUCCACGACUCAUUACAUAAUUGUCCCACGCUUCUCCUUUAUGAAUCAUUUCCCCCACCUACUAAACCAAUCACAACACACUUCCCAACUUCCCACUCUCUCUCCUCCAUCAUCCAACACCAACGUGAAAAUCAUGGCUCCUCCACUCUCUCUCCUCACUUUCUCUCUCCUCUUCCUCACCACCACAUCAUCCGCCGAAUUUCCCAUUUCCGGCGACUUUUCCGGCGACGAAAUUAUCCGUCAAGUUGUCAGCAACGACGCUUUAAGUUUAAACUCACUAGACUUAUCUCAACCACACCAACAUUUCUCUCUCUUCAAAAAACGAUUCAACAAAUCCUACGCCACUCAAGAGGAGCAUGAUUACCGUUUCAACGUCUUCAAGGCUAACCUGCGCCGUGCAAAGCGUAACCAGGAACUGGACCCCACUGCUGUACAUGGUGUGACUCGGUUCUCCGAUUUGACUCAGUCCGAGUUCAGGAAUCGGUUUUUGGGUGCUCGAAAAAGUAGGUUGAAGUAUCCAGCUCAUGCUAAUAAAGCACCCAUUUUGCCUACUGAUGAUCUUCCACUUGAUUUUGAUUGGAGGGAACUUGGUGCUGUUACUCCUCCUAAAGAUCAGGGCGGUUGUGGAUCUUGCUGGGCCUUCAGUACUACUGGCGCCAUGGAAGGUGCACACUUUCUUGCCACAGGAAAACUCGUAAGCCUUAGUGAGCAGCAGCUUGUGGAUUGUGAUCGCGAGUGUGAUCCAGAGGGGGAACCAGAUGACUGUGAUGACGGUUGCUAUGGCGGGUUGAUGAACAAUGCCUUUGAGUAUCUUCUGAAAUAUGGUGGACUGAUGAGAGAGGAGGAUUAUCCAUACAAGGCUCGGAAUGGCCGCUGCAAAUUUGACAAGAGCAAGAUUGCAGCUAAGGUUGCAAAUUUCAGUGUUGUCCCCGAUAAUGAAGGCCAAAUUGCUGCAAACCUUGUAAAAAAUGGCCCCCUUGCUGUAGGAAUCAAUGCUCGUUAUAUGUCGAGUUACAUAAGUGGAGUUUCAUGCCCAUUGACAUGCUCAGCUGAUUUGGAGCAUGGAGUGCUAUUGGUUGGCUAUGGUUCUGCUGGUUAUUCUGAUAUGCGGAAGGAAGAGAAGCCGUAUUGGAUCAUUAAGAACUCAUGGGGCGAAUACUGGGGAGAGAAUGGAUAUUACAGAUUAUGUAGGGGUUAUGAUCUUUGUGGUGUCAACACUUUAGUCUCUACUGUUGCUGAUACCCCUCAGUAGGUUGAAGAGUUUGAUGAAUGCAUUCACCAUUCGUUCAUCAUACAUUUUCUGUAAAUCUAAUGUACAAGCAGUAAGCCCAGCUCUGCACUCAAGGCUUCCUCUCUGUCUUUUCGUCGAACCACGAAAGAGCAUGAAUAUGUAAACAUAUUUGUAUAACAGAAUUUAUCUCUUGUUCUUAAUAAAAGACCAUCCAAUUUCAUA